CUCUCUCUCUCUCUCUUUGUCCUACUGCCUCUGUUCCUCUGUCCCCCAGUUCCUAUCACGGUGUCUGCUUUGUCUUUCUCACCUUCUCUCUGUCUGCCUUUAACGCGCUCGGUGGAGUGAGGCUGCCUCUGAGGUAUUUGACACCCUCCAGCAUGUCUUUGCGCAGAGCUUUGCUUCAUUGCAACUUGUUUCAGUCUGCCUCCUAACAUCAGAUUUUUUUAUUGUAUUAUUUUUUUUUUCCAGUCAAGGUGAGAACAUAAAGUACAAGGUGGCACCGUGCUUUUACGCAUGGCGAUUGGAGUUAAUUUGGAUAUUUACGCAGAACUGCUAUUCAAGAUGCAACCGGGUGUAUGAGACCUUUUAAGGGCUUGAAGAAGGGCUUACAAAGAGGGCAACGAUGCGAGGCACUGAGUUGCUGCUCGGUUACUUUCUGGUGAAAGUUCUGGUCUGUGACGCGGAGGGCGAACUGGAUCAAGCCGCGGAUGACUUUAUGAUAGUAACCGGGUUUAACGAGUCGGUGGAGAGGGAGAGCGCAGCCACGGAAAGCCCACACACGGAGGACAAAUGCCGUGGCUACUACGACGUGAUGGGUCAGUGGGACCCGCCGUUCGUGUGCAGGACGGGCAGCUACCUGUACUGCUGCGGCACCUGUGGCUUCAGGUUCUGUUGCGCGUUUAAAAGCUCCCGGCUGGACCAGACCACAUGUAAGAACUACGACACCCCGCCGUGGAUGAUGACUGGAAGACCCCCGCCAAAAGUGGACGUGGCGCUGGAGUCUGCCAAGGAUAAAUCCAACCUGAUUGUCUAUGUCAUAUGCGGGGUCGUGGCCAUCAUAGCACUGAUAGGGAUUUUCACCAAGCUCGGUUUGGAAAAGACGCACCGUCCAAACAGGGAUAUGUCAAGAGCUCUGGCACAUGUAAUCCGCCACCCUGCUUCAGAUGACACGGAUGACAUCGGUCUGAGUCAACACUAUGAGAACCUACAAACAAGAUUGGCACUUGACAAUUUCCACAACAGUCAGAUGAACAACGUGGCCCAGUCCCCCACUAUGGUAGGUCAGCCAUAUCCAGGAGUGGGCCAGAUCACCAGCCCCUAUGAACAGCAGACGCCCCUCAAGGAUCUCAACAAGUACAACACUCUGAAGGCUGUGGAGAAAGCAAGUGACAGCUACCAAAGCAACCGCAGGCAGGCGAUCGAGAUGACAGCCAAGGGCAGCCUUCCCAUGGAAAGCAUGGAUAUGGAGUCAGAACCUCCCAAUCCUUACAGCCCACCCAGACAGCGGUCUACGAAGCACAGCGAACACAAGUACAAAAGCCACAGGAGCCACAGCUCCCAGUCACUGUCCCACAUCUCCAACAUAGCAGUCAGCCCAGGGGCGAUGCAAUCCUGGCAAAGCAAAGACAUCCUGGGACUCCGACAGAGCUAUGGCCAACAGAAACCCGGCAUCACAGAGAAAGAGCUACCCAGCUCCCACUACAUGCCUCCACAACCCUACUUUGUCACCAACAGUAAGACAGAAGUGACAGUGUGAGCUUCUGCCAUCUUCAGGCUCAAAAUAAGGCCAGAAUUAAAAAACAACAACAACACUAACUGCUGCCAGUGAGUGGGGUUGCAAGGAGACAACAUGGACUGUGCUAAGUGCAUUUGUUUUGGGAGCGGGCAGCAAUAUGCCGUCUAUAGCUAACGUGUACUGUGACAGGACCCUGAGUCUGUCAUUGAGCCUCAUGGGGGCACUGUAAUCAAAAUGUCGUGUUUGAUGCUCAUAUAAUCUCACCACUAAAGAUGAAGACAUUACCUACCACAAUGUUGGGAUGCGAGACGCUAAUCACUGUCACACGUAUCUACUGAGAUAUUUAAGGAGACUGGCAAAUUGUACUAGCCUGGUUGUUGAUUGAUGAAAUGGAUCACCAGAAGGUAUGUACUAAAAAGCCUAAAAAACUCAUCUUAAUCUAAAAAAAGAGCAUUAAAUAAUCCAUUGAUCCUACAGAUGUCAAAUUAUGCGCAAUAUGCAAUAUUAAUUUUAUUCCACCUAUCUGUUCUAGUUAUGAGCCCUCUAGAGCAUUGCCUCAAUUUAUAUUGUAAUUCACAAUUUCUUAGACCACCAACACAUGCAGGAACUGUACACAUUUAAGAAAAAGCCUGAUGUAAUUCUUUAUUUAAAUAGUGUCUCAAACCUUGGAAAUCUGGCUUUAAAGUUCUGAUGUUUGUUUGAAAAAUACCCGGUUCAUCAUAGUGUUCUUAAAAUAUGAAGGACUGUAAAUGUGCUACUGUUGAUAGAAAUGGCUCAAGACACAUUAAAAAAAAAUAUGUUUAAAA